AUCGGAAAAUUUCGCGACAGAUCACUCCAGUCAUUUCACAAUUUCACUUAUGACGGCGCACGGCGCUGUCGCGAAUUUUAUCUUCCCACGCGAUGCGGUCGCGGUUGUUGUUUAUCCGUCACCUGCUGUCAACCAACUGUCCAAAUCAUCGUAGAUAGAUUUCUUCCAAUUUCCUCUAAUCUGGGGCAGAUGCGCGUCCUGAUUCUGUAGAAAGUUAUGUCGCUGGACCAGACAGUAUGCGAAGAUUUGAAAGCUUUCGAAAGGCGACUCACUGAAGUUAUCGCCAGCCUACAGCCGGCUACCACGCGAUGGAGAAUGCUGCUGGGUUUAAUGUCCAUUUGCACCGCCAUCGGUGCCUGGCAUUGGUUGACAGAUCCUAAUACGUCAGCAGUAUCCUUCACGCAGAGUUUAUAUAAUCAUCCAUUCUUCACGAUGGCUAGUAUAAUAUUAGUGAUAUUGUUUAUGAUGGGAGUGCAUAGACGAGUAAUAGCACCUAGCAUUAUAACCCAACGAGCCAGGAGCGUGCUUGGUGAUUUCAACAUGAGUUGUGAUGAUACUGGAAAGUUAAUUCUGAAGCCCACAAGACCUCCUCAUCCCCACGAGACUUAGAGUGUUUGCGACGAUAAUAAUUAUGUGUUCAUUAUUUUGUGCGCUACAAGAUUGUUCCGAAAUUACGGCGAGCAGAGAAUUUAAAACUGUAUAUUUUUAGCCUUAUGAGUUCUAGUGAAUUAUGCAUAUAUGUGAUCUCUUGUAUAGCGCACAUAAAAUUUACACACGUGGA